GAAGAUGGUUUUGAAAUAAGUGUAUCACAUGCAAAUAUUGAACGUGUAACAAAUGCUUUAUUAUCAUCUGGUAUUGCUCAAAUGGCUGGUCUUGGUGCUCGUGAUUCUCUUCGUCUUGAAGCUGGUCUUUGUUUAUAUGGUAAUGAUAUUGAUGAACAAACAACACCAAUUGAAGCUGAUUUAGCAUGGACUAUUGGAAAACGACGAAGACAAUUAGCUGAUUUUCCCGGUGCAAAAAUUAUUUUAGAACAACUUAAAACAGGUCCAUCAAGAAAACGUGUAGGAAUUAAAUCAAUUGGAUCAUGUCCAAGAAGUGGAGCAGAAAUACGAAGUGGUCGUGGUGAAAAUGAUCAUAUUAUUGGUAAAGUAACAAGUGGUUGUCCAUCACCAUCACUUAAACUUUUAAAUAUUGGUAUGGCUUAUAUUGAAACACCAUACGCAAAAAUUGGCAAUAAAGUAGCUGUUAAUGUUCGUAAUCGUACAAUGGAUGCUGAAAUAGUUAAAAUGCCAUUUGUACCAGCAAAUUAUUAUAAAGCUCCAACAAAAACAUGUCGAUAUCCACUUGGUAUUGAAACUGGUAAGAUAUUAGAUUCAGCGUUUUCAUCAAGUAGUCAUAUAAAUGAUAGUACAGUUGCAUCGAAAGCAAGAAUUCGAAAUGAAAUUUAUGGUUGGUGUCCGUUUAAUAAGAUAUCAUCAACAACAUAUGAAUAUAUACAAAUUGAUCUAGUUAAUUUAACUGUUAUUACACUUAUUGAACUUCAAGGAAAAUUUAGUUUAACACCAAAUGAACAAUUUGCUGAUGCAUUUCAAAUCGAAUAUAGACGAGAUAGAAAACAAAAAUGGAUUAAAUAUAAAGAUUUCUCUGAACAAUAUAUUUUAAGUGGAAAUGUUAAUAGUUAUAUCCCAACAAUACGUGAUAUUCUACCAGCAAUUAUUGCACAAGAAAUUCGUAUUAUACCAAUUGUUACUGGAUUAAUACCAAGACAUAUUUGUAUGCGUUUAGAAUUAUAUGGUUGUCCUUAUACAGGUGGUUUAAUGUCAUAUACAAUACCACAAGGUGAUAAACAAUUUUUUGAUGAAACAUAUGAUGGAGAAAAUCAAAAUGGAAUAUUAAAAGAUGGUCUCGGUCAGUUAACUGAUGGAAUCAUUGCUCCUGAUGAUAAUAAACAAUUAAUCGAUGUAAUUCAAAGUAAAGAUCAAAUUGAAUGUCAAUGGAUUGGUUGGAAACGACAAUCAGAUAUAAAACUUAAUUUUUAUUUUGAUACAAUUCGAAAUUUUACAUCAAUUCAUGUUCAUACAUCAAAUUUAUUUACACAUAAUAUUUAUGCAUUUCAUUCAAUAACAAUAAGUAAUUGUAAUAAAAAUUUAAAUAAUUCACAAAUGGAAUUUGUUAUAUUAAAUGAUUAUAUAAAUACGAAUGCGAGAUUUAUUCAUAUUUAUUUUAUGAAUCAAACAAAUAUAAUUAGUGAUUGUUUAAAUAUAAUAUUUACUUUUAAUAA